AUGUCUUUGUCGCCUGUGUGUGCGGAAUGAUAACGCAGUUUUUUAAAACGGUUUCAUCCGGCUACACUUUUAUACAUGUAAGUCGGCUACCUGUUUAGUGUAUGACGGCACGCCUAACUGUCACAGCUGUAUUGGGUUGAGGGAGAUCGGGAUAUAAGAUAUCCAGUAUGGCCUCCAAUGGUACCUACAGUCUUGAAACAGGUGAUCAUACUGGUAACCAAGAACCACGCGGUGACCGACGCUCGGCAGGGUCAGUAUCAACAUUCAAGAGCACUCUGUGCCACCAGAUAUCAGGUGUCAUUAUUUUCGCCAUUGGUUUGGUAACUGGAAUUAUUAUUGGAAUCUAUGCUGUGAAGCCCAUGGGUGAUUCCCAAUGCAAUGUUAUGACCACUCCGGCUCCAGUUCAAGUUAUGGUAACAGCUCCUGUUCAACCUUCAUCGAACAAAACAUCCAUUCCAACCUGCCCUGCAGAUAACGCACCGACCAGAUCCAGUAGAUCCGAAGACAAGGGGCCAUUUGAACUGCUGUCUAAAGAAGAAAUGAACAUUAUCAAAAAUUUCAUGAAAACUCAAGGUCUUAUUUCAGUGACAGAUGGAAAACCUACUCUGAAGGAUAGCUACAUCUAUGGCAUAUCUCUCUACGCUCCAUAUAAAUCAGAGGCCCUCAACCACCUCGAUAAAGGGGGUCCCAAUCCAGGCAGGUACGCAGAUGUCCACGUUCACAGAGGCAACAUAGCUGUUCCAGACUUGAUGGAAUACAGGGUCGGACCUCUUGGUGGUGCGAUGACAGCUCAGGCUAUGUACAGAGAUGGGGAACUCCCUUACAAUAGUCGACCCAGAGAUGGCAUUGAAUUUGAAGGAAUCGCUGAACAAGUCUUUCUCGCAAUGACCACACUACGCCCCUUACUUCAGGAGAGCUUUGACGGGGGAUAUACCCCUAACGGAGGAAUUGACUUCCAUGCACAAGCUCCGCCAGGUCUUGAUCCAAAUGAAAGGGAAACACGGUUUGUGUUGGGUUUGACGACAGACGGCUUGGGUCGCGGGCGAGAUUUAAACUUUUUACCGCUCACGGGAACUGUUCACAAUCCAGGAGUGAAUACUAACACCUGGUACACACACAGCUUUUACUAUUUAGACCAAGGACCUUUCCCAACAGCCGACGCUCUACUGUCUGCCUACAACAACGGAACACUCAGAAAAUUUGCCCUGCCAAGAGGUUUCCGCCAAUCACUGUUUUCAACCUCUUAUCCAAAACAAAACAAUGAUAAACCGAGGGACUACUCUGACAGACCUCCACCCAGGUCAUAUCCUCCAUCUGGUCCACGAUUUACAAUCCAUGACCACACGGUGAAAUGGAUGGACUGGGAAUUUGUUGUUGGCAACAGCCAGUUCCGUGGCCCAAGUAUCUAUAAUGUUAAAUUUAAGGGAGAAAGGAUUGUUUAUGAGAAUUCCCUCAACGAAGCAACCUUAACCUACGCAUCAGACGUGACUUCAGGAGCAAAUACAAUCUAUCUUGAUGGUACUUUCGGCCUGGGAGAGGUCCAGGAUGUCAUACUCGGAGUUGAUUGUCCUUUCCAUUCCACCCUUGUCGAUGCAUCAUGGUUUUCCGGUUAUAGUCAGACUCCCAUUACAGCUAAAGCCAUAUGUAUAUUUGAAACAGUCGGCGAAGAUGCUCUGUGGAGACGAAAGGGCAUGUUCGCUGCUGGGUUGGCUAACAAUUAUCUUGUUGUUAGGUUUGCAUAUCCCAUUGGUAACUAUGACUAUUCUUUUGAUUUUCGAUUUUUCUUAGAUGGGUCCCUUAAAACAGAAGCAGCUGCGUCUGGGUAUAUUCAUUCGAGCUUUUGGGAUCAGGAUGAUGCACGUGCUGGACAAUCGAAAUCGACUGAUGCAUUUGGGUAUAAAAUCGGAACAUAUACACACGGUGCACUCCACGAUCAUACUUUUGGUUUCAAGGUCGAUAUGGACAUUCUUGGUACCAACAACAACUUUGACAUUAUUAAGUGGAAAGCUGGGGAUGUACUGGGGGCCUUGAAGACACAAGCCAAUGUCAGUGAGAAGCCUCCUUAUUUCCUGUAUAAUGAAACAAGGUAUGUGGAAUGGGAAACCCUAGCAACGGAAUCUGGUCUGAAAAUCGAUAUGAUUAAUCCCGAAUUUUGGACGGUCACGAGUGAGAACAAAAACAGGUGGGGAGUGAAAAGAGGGUACAGAAUUCUUCCUGAAACCAUGGCAGUACAGGUCCUACCUGAUACACAUCCAGUUAUGAAGGCUUCAUCUUACACAAAGUACCACUGCAUUGUCACCAAACACAAUGAUACAGAGCGAUUCAUCUCUGGAACAUAUGACCUUAACCGAUUGGCUGACCCGAUGGGCUCCAUUGAGAACUUCAUUAACAACGAACCAAUCAACAAUACGGAUUUGGUCACGUGGCUGGUAGUUGGCUUUCUGCACAUACCGACAGCUGAAGAUUUCCCGAUAACUAUUGGGGCGAAGUCAAGCUUUACCUUAAAACCCUGGAACUAUUUUGACAGAACGUCAACUUUUGACAUGCCCCAGUUCUUGGAUACGAGAGAUCACUCCUUCACUGAGAGGCCACCUUCUCCGAAAUCCUGUGUUGAGAAGAAGACACGAGACUGCUACUUUUGUAACUAACAUAUCUGCAGCUGCUUCCGUUAUUAUACUCACACUACUAUACCUGUGCACUACUGAUGAGAAUAAUAUGGCAGUUACAUUAUCGGAAGUCAUAUCCCUUUAUUAAUCCAUCAUUAGCUCACCUGUAUACUGACUCUGAGCCGACCAGUCCUUGUUUUAGCCCCUUCAUGCCGAGCGCCAGACAGUGUAACAAUAAGUACCAUCUUUUAACGCCUUUUGGUAUGACGCGGCCGGGGAUCGAACCCCGGACCUUCCGCUCUCCGGGCGGACACUCUACCUCUAGACCACGUCAAAGUGACGCAUGGUCUGUCCUUCAUAAGAUCCAUCUGACCAUUAUUCUGCCAUCACGUAUCAUUGUCAAAAUCUCCUCUUAAAUCAUAUGGUUUAUAAAGCUGAAGUUGUCUAUGAAUGAUCCCAGAACCGCUAUUAUCUUCGAAAACCUCUGACACAACCUUUAACAUGACUGCCAUGCAACCAUGCUAGAAAUGUCACUGUGCUCUGUACUCGGCUUUUCUGCUUUCAUCUUCAUGAAAUAUAGAGUAAUAUGAUGUAUGCAGAAUAACAUAUACCUUUUCACGGAAUAUUUCGUGUGUAUUUUUAUCUAAUACAGUGAACUACGGUUAUAAAAAAACACAAAGGGACCACUAAUUAUUUUCUAUAUAACCGUAGUUUGUUAUAAGCAUAUAUACAGCAUACAUACAACAAAUGACCGGGACUAAAAAUAAGUUCAUUAUAUAGGUCAGUUCGUUAUAACCGUUCGUUAUAAACGUAGUUUACUCUGUGUGUCUUCUGAUUUCCGUUUAUCUGUGUAGCUAUCUUUAUUGCAUUUGCAACCCUGUAUUUAGAAGUAUUCACGGUAAAACGUUUCCCAUACUUAAACAUAAGAAUGAAAAUAUCGAAGCAUGUGUUAGAGAGGAAAAUAUGAAUAAAAGCGACAAAUCCCUUUCCAAA